AUGGAUCCAGUGGAGGAUUACGAAUCUCCAUUCGAUUUUGAGCAAGGGUUAAACACCAGCUACCUUUACCUAUCUCCCAGUGAGAAUCUAACCCCACCUGACUCCCCUGCGGUGUCUCUGAGAGGUACACAGAGGCCAGACUCCAUCCCAGAGGUUGGAGAGGAUGCUGUGACCACGGUCGGCCAAUCAACGACUCCUACUCCACUGACGGAGGAGGAACAGGAGGAGCUACAUAAUGAAUUGGCCAAGGUGGAGGAUGAGAUCCAGACGCUGUCUCAAGUGCUGGCAGCCAAGGAGAAACAGGUGGCAGAACUCAAGCGCAAGCUGGGCAUCACCCCGCUCAACGAACUCCGACAGAACCUGACCAAGGGUUGGCAGGAAGUCACCACCUCUACUGCGUAUAGGAGAACCUCCGAGACCCUGUCUCAGGCCGGGCAGAAGGCCACAGCAGCCUUCUCCAGCGUGGGCUCUGCCAUCAGCAGGAAGCUGGAGGAAGUGAGAUUGCAGUCUUUUUCCAAUUCCUUUAGCAUACGCUCCUUACAGCAUUCUGCUAGCAUGCCUGUAAUGAGGAACACUCCCACCUUCAAAUCGUUUGAGGAGAGAGUGGAGACUUUAAAGACAAAGAUGAGUCCAACUCCGUCGACAGGACAGGUCGACCAAGUCCCAAACUCCAUCCCGCCUGAGGAGCCUGUGGAGGCGCAGCCAGAGGAGACGCCUUUGCAGGAACAGGAGCCUCACUGAGGAGGUGCUGCUGCCGCCGCUGCCGCCGCCGCCGCUGCCGACCUCUCCGUUUCAUCUCAUGGCGCCAAACCUACUGCCCCCAACCCGCCCCCACCUCGUCCUCUGCCUCCACCCCCCCUCCUCCUGCACCAUAAGCACACCACUAUACCAAACUAAAGAAAAAAAGGGUUUCAUACUAGUCUCCCUUCCCAAUUCUUCUCCCCAUUAACUGUCAUUAAAAUGUGAAGAUGUUGUUGAAAAAACGUUGUGUGCACAGUGUGUAUUAGUGUACCUACACAGAUGGGUGAACACAAAGAGGUUUUAGAGAAAGUAUUUCUCAGCCAGCGGUACAGACGUACUCCCUACAAGUGUUUGUUAACCCACCUUAACUUUACCUCUGCAUGUUUACCGCCAGCCUUAGGGUUUUCUUUUGCACUCACCUAUUUUGUUUUGGGGUUUUUUGGGGUUUUUUUUUUUCCAUUUGAAUUUUCCCAUGUAUCUAGACGUGUAUCUAGAUUUUGUAUAGACAGUGCAUGGUAGUACUACACUGGAACCAGUUUCUGUCUUCACGCCGUUGACAAUGUUGCAUAGAGCCUAACAAAAUGAACCCAGCCUUAAUGCAGCUCAUGCAUUUAGGAGGCAUAGCUUUGAGCCCAUUUUACUGCUGUCUGUGCAAAUCACACUGACCCCAGGUCAGUACUGUGUCUACUAGCUCAUGCACACAAGGGUCAGCUAAGACUCUGAGGUCAAGUUUUUGUUUUGUUUUUUUGUUUCUUCCCUCUCCUCUGGGCCUGUAAAGCUGGAGAAGGGUCCACGUUUGGGCCAGAAAGGGCUCCAGUGUCCAAUGCAUCAUCCAGUGACUGUUUUCUACAGUUAUGCUUACAAGCAGUCAAUGGAUUCUUAAUAUUGGCAAAUUAGAAGAAUAUUUAUGCUGUUAUAUUUCCUCUAGUCAUUUUUUAAUUUGUCACGUAGACUCAGCAAUCCUUGAAAAAGCUACACUUACCAAAAUUGAAAAGCACUUAAAGACAGAAUGUAUUGCUCAGAGUAAAAUUCUUAGUACUGAAAAAGUGUUUUCUCUACUGUCUGUAUUUUAUUUUGCAAAAUAUAUGUGUGGUGGUUUGACCUGCUAAGUGAUAUUUUUAUGUUAUUGGUUCUCAGUUUGAAAUUCUGUUACCAAAAAAAAAAAAAACGGUUGUGGGAACAUGCUAGAAAAGUUUUGUGUUAGGACAUU